AUGCUGUCGGGGAUCCUGGUGUUCAAUCAAAAGGGCGAGAAUCUCAUCUUUCGCGCCUUUCGCAGCGACUGUCGUCCCCGUUUGGCAGACAUCUUUCGCAUCCAAGUCAUCGCCAAUCCUCAAGUCCGCUCCCCGAUUUUGACCCUGGGCUCGACCACCUUCAGCCAUGUCAAACACGAGAAUAUCUACUUGGUCGCCGUGACCAAAAGUAAUGCCAAUGCUGCGCUGGUCUUUGAAUUCCUCUAUCGUCUCAUCGUGCUCGGUCGGAGCUACUUUGGCAAGUUUGACGAAGAGGCCGUCAAGAAUAAUUUCGUGUUGAUUUACGAAUUGCUGGAUGGUGAGCAAUGCGAUCCAUGGCCCGUUCAGGGGGCCAGCACCUCUGAGCCUCUCUCCUCCCAAUCUCUCUUUGCUUUUUUCCAGAUUCAGAUCCUCGACUUUGGCUAUCCUCAAAAUACCGAGACAGAUACGUUAAAAAUGUACAUCACAACGGAAGGGGUCAAGUCCGACAUCGCCAAUUCGCCCUCGGAUUCCUCCCGCAUUACACAGCAAGCUACCGGCGCUCUCUCCUGGCGACGGUCGGACAUCAAGUACCGGAAAAACGAAGCGUUUGUCGACGUGAUCGAAGAUGUCAACCUGCUCAUGUCCGCGACGGGGACGGUGCUUCGCGCCGACGUGAACGGGCAGAUCGUCAUGCGAGCCUAUCUCUCCGGAACCCCCGAGUGCAAGUUUGGGCUGAACGACCGCCUCCUCCUCGACCCGGGCACCACGUCCGGAGCGAACGGUGGUCGCAGCGGCGGCGGCAGCUCGGGACACAAACAGUCCACCCGAGCGGCGGCGGGCUCGGUCACGUUGGAAGAUUGUCAAUUCCACCAGUGUGUGAAAUUGGGCCGCUUCGACGCGGAUCGCAUCAUCUCGUUUGUGCCGCCGGACGGGGAGUUUGAGUUGAUGCGCUACCGCGCCACCGAGAAUGUCAAUCUGCCGUUCAAGGUGCAUCCGAUUGUGCGCGAAAUCGGCACCACCAAGGUUGAAUACAGCGUGGCGAUCAAAGCCAACUAUAGCUCGAAAUUAUUUGCGACCAACGUGGUGGUGCGGAUCCCCACCCCUCUGAACACGGCCAAGACGACCGAGCGCACGAGUCAGGGUCGCGCCAAGUACGAGCCGGAGCAGAACAACAUCGUGUGGAAGAUUCCACGCUUCUCGGGCCAGAGCGAAUAUGUUCUCAAUGCGGAAGCGACCCUCUCGGCGAUGACGCACCAAAAGGCCUGGAGUCGACCCCCCCUCAGCCUCUCCUUUAGCAUCCUGAUGUUCACCUCAUCAGGUCUGCUGGUGCGAUACCUCAAGGUCUUUGAAAAGAGCAAUUACAGUUCGGUCAAGUGGGUGCGCUACAUGACUCGAGCCGGUAGUUACGAGAUCCGAGCCUGGCGAGUCAUUCCUCCCUUCACCGUCACCAUCUACGCGACUCUAUACGAUCUCCAAGAAUCAGUCAUUCUGAACCGAAUGGUCCCCCCCCCCCCCCCCCCCCCCCCCAAAGUACUCGACUACGAGAGAGGUAUCGAUACAACGAAAUCAGGUCUAGUCGAGAGUUAG